CUCGCCAGGUCAGGAGUCCCAACCGAAAUUUCCUCACUGAAUUCCGGAGAAGAGGUGGAAAGAGGAACAAGUGACUCCAGCAAAGAAGGUUCCAGGACCGGGACAGAUGCUGUGGCUGAGCCUGUCCUGGCCGGGCCUGGGGCCCUUGGUCCCCUCCCCAUGGCUGCUGCUGCUGCUGGCUGGGGCAUGCUGGCUCCUGGCUAGAGUCCUCACCCACGUCUGCACCUUCUGUGCAAACACUCGACGCCUGCGAUGCUUCCCGCAGCCCCCAAGGCGGAACUGGCUCCUGGGGCACCUGGGCCUGGCCCCACCCACAGAGCAGGGAAUGAAGGAACUGACGGCGCUGGUGGGCACCUACCCCCAGGGUUUUAUGGUGUGGCUGGGUCCCAUAUUUCCCCUCAUCAAUUUGUGCCACCCUGACAUCGUGCGAUCUGUCCUCAAUGCCUCAGCGGCGGUUGCCAUCAAGGACUUGGUCUUCUACCGAUUACUGAGGCCCUGGCUGGGGGAUGGACUCUUGCUGAGCGCAGGGGACAAGUGGGGUCGCCACCGCCGCAUGCUGACCCCCACCUUCCACUUCAACAUCCUGAAGCCAUACCUGAAGAUUUUCCAGGACAGUGUGAAUAUCAUGCAUGCCAAGUGGCAGCGUCUGAUCUCUGAGGGCAUCGAGCGUCUGGACAUGUUUGAGCACAUCAGCCUCAUGACCUUGGACAGUCUGCUGAAAUGUGUCUUCAGCUUUGACAGCAACUGCCAGGAGAAGCCCAGCGAGUACAUCGCUGCCAUCUUGGAGCUCAGCGCCCUGGUGGUGAAGAGACACCAGCAGCCGCUUCUGCACUUGGACUUCCUGUACCAGCUGACCCCUGACGGCCGCCGCUUCCGGAAGGCCUGCAACCUGGUGCACGCCUUCACGGAUGCCGUCAUCCGGGAGCGGCGCCGCACCCUCCCCCGUCAGGGCCUGGAUGACUUCCUCCAAGCCAAGGCCAAGGCCAAGACCCUGGACUUCAUCGACGUGCUUCUGUUGGCCAAGGAUGAGGAUGGGAAGGCCCUGUCGGAUGAGGACGUCCGAGCGGAGGCUGACACUUUCAUGUUUGAAGGCCAUGACACCACGGCUAGCGGCCUCUCCUGGGUCCUCUACAACCUGGCCAAGCACCCGGAGCACCAGGAGCGCUGCCGGCAGGAGGUGCAGGAGCUCCUGAGGGACCGUGAGCCCAAGGAGCUGGAGUGGGACGACCUGGCCCGGCUGCCCUUCCUGACCAUGUGCAUCAAGGAGAGCCUGCGGCUGCACCCGCCAGUCACCGUCAUCUCCCGCUGCUGCACUCAGGACGUUCCGCUGCCCAACGGCAGAGUCAUCCCCAAAGGUGUCGUCUGCCUUAUCAGUAUUUUUGGGAUUCACCACAACCCGUCGGUGUGGCCAGACCCCGAGGUCUUCGACCCCUUUCGCUUCGACUUGGAGCAGGGGAAGGACCGGUCCCCGCUGGCCUUCAUCCCCUUCUCCGCGGGGCCCAGGAACUGCAUCGGGCAGACCUUCGCGCUGAGCGAGAUGAAGGUGGCGCUGGCACUGACGCUGCUGCGCUUCCGCGUGCUGCCCGACACCUCGGGGCCCGAGCCGUGCCGGAAGCCGGAGCUGAUCCUGCGCGCAGAGGGCGGCCUGUGGCUGCGCGCGCAGCCCCUGUGCUAACCCCGCCCCCACCCGGAACCAAUAAAACUGAGCCCACCGUG